UACAUAUCGUGAUUUAUAAACCCAUCAUGUCACUCGUUCGUCAUUGCCAUGAAUAUAAUGGGCUUUACAUACAAAAAAUCGACGGCCCAAUAAAGACUCCACAUGCUUUCUUCCCGAGACGGAACUGAUUCCAAUAAGCAAUUUUCUGCGAGUCUUCAGUCUUCUUCACUCACUCACACUCUUUUCGUGCUUUCCCAUAUAAACCCUGCGAUUGUUCUUCUGCCCUCGACGCUUCUCCAUUUCAACGAGCAUCAUCAUCCAAAUUCGUUACAGACUUAGUACGUAUACGCUCCAACUCUCUCAGCGCAUCUGCUCAAUCUCGUUUCGGUUCUUAGGGUUUUACUGUUGAAUGAUUAGAUUCUUAGGCAGCAAUGAGUGUGAGUGGAUACAAGUCAGAUGACGAGUACUCUGUAAUCGCAGACAAGGGAGAGAUCGGAUUCAUAGACUACCAAAACGACGGCGUCUACAAUCCGUUAGACGAAGGCCCCGUCGUGAUCUCUGCCCCUUUCCCUUUCAGAAACGAGAAGCCUCAAUCAAUAACCGUCGGAGAGACUUCUCACGACUCCUUCACCAUCAAGAACACUACCGACGAGGCCGUUGAUCUCUGGACAAAGAUCUACGCAUCCAACCCCGAGGACUCCUUCACCCUCUCCGUCCUCAAACCGCCUUCCAAAGACUCUGACGCCAAGGAGAUACAGAGCUUCUACGAGACCUUCACUCUCGAAGACAGGAUGCUCGAGCCUGGCGACACGUUGACUAUCUUUGUCUCUUGCAAGCCGAAGGAUAUUGGUUUGCAUACGACUGUGAUUAGCGUUGAUUGGGGAUGUGACAACGUUGAGAGGGUUGUUUUCCUUUUGGCUGAGGAUAAGAUCUCGAGCUCUCUGGCGACUAACAGGCCUUACUCGAGGAAUAGGAGGGGGCCAAGGAAGGAUUUUGCAGUGGAUAGCUACGUGACGGGGUCGAGGCCUUCGAAGGCGGUGGCGCAGCGUGCUUAUAAGAAUAGGCUUCCUCGGUAUGAGAUUCCCAAGGAGACUAGAGUGAUGCUUGAGAAGAAGGAGGUUCCUGAUUUUUUGAACGAAGGUCUGACGGUUAGAAACUAUGCGAAGUAUUACAAAAUGUUGCUUAUUAUGGAAGAGCUACAACUCGAGGAAGACAUGCGAGCUUAUGAUAUGGAGAAUGUUACGAUGAGGAGAAGGGGUCUGUAUUUGUCUCUCGAAGUUCCGGGGCUUGCUGAGAAAAGACCUUCCCUUGUCCAUGGUGACUAUAUCUUUGUAAGACAUGCCUAUGAUGAUGUAACUGCUCAAGCUUAUCAGGGCUUUGUACACCGAGUGGAGGCGGAUGAAGUGCAUUUGAAGUUUGCUUCCGAGUUCCACCUUCGCCACACAUCUGGGAGUGUAUAUAAUGUGAGGUUUACUUACAAUCGGAUCAACACUAGAAGAUUGUACCAGGCUGCUGAUGCGGCAGAAGGUUUGGAUCCUAACUUCCUCUUUCCAUCCUUGAAAUCCGGGAAAAGGAUGAUAAAGACGAAACCAAUCGUGCCCAUUUCGCCAGCUCUUAACGCAGAGCAGAUUUGUUCCGUUGAAAUGAUUCUUGGAUGCGAAGGAGCACCGCCGUAUGUGAUCCAUGGACCUCCCGGUACUGGGAAGACCAUGACAGUGGUGGAGGCGAUAGUUCAACUCUAUACAACUCAGAAAAAUGCUCGGAUUCUCGUCUGUGCUCCUUCCAAUAGCGCGGCUGAUCACAUUUUAGAGAAGCUGCUUUGUCUGGAGGGAGUUCGCAUCAAGGACAAUGAGAUUUUCAGGCUGAAUGCAGCUACUCGUUCCUACGAAGAAAUCAAACCUGAGAUUAUCCGGUUUUGCUUCUUUGAUGAGCUUGUUUUCAAGUGCCCUCCGCUCCAAGCUUUGAAUCAUUACAAACUCAUUGUUUCAACAUAUAUGAGUGCAUCCCUUCUUAACGCAGAAGGUGUGAAGCGUGGUCACUUCACUCAUAUUUUCUUAGACGAGGCUGGUCAAGCGUCAGAGCCAGAAAACAUGAUUGCUCUCUCAAAUCUAUGCUUGUCAGAAACUGUGGUUGUGCUUGCUGGAGAUCCAAGGCAGUUGGGUCCGGUUAUAUACUCGAGAGAUGCGGAGUCACUCGGCUUGGGGAAAUCAUACUUGGAAAGAUUGUUUGAGUGCGAUUAUUACUGCGAAGGGGAUGAGAACUAUGUGACAAAGCUAGUGAAGAACUACAGAUGCCACCCAGAGAUACUUGAUCUCCCAUCAGAGCUGUUCUAUGAUGGAGAACUGGUAGCGUCCAAAGAAGACACAGACUCUGUUCUUGCGACAUUGAAAUUCCUCCCAAACAAAGAAUUCCCAAUGGUUUUCUAUGGGAUCCAAGGAUGCGAUGAGAGGGAAGGCAACAAUCCGUCAUGGUUCAACCGUAUAGAGAUCAGUAAAGUUAUAGAGACAAUCAAGAGAUUGACAGCGAACGACUGUGUGGCGGAAGAGGAUAUCGGAGUUAUAACUCCUUACAGGCAGCAAGUAACGAAGAUCAAGGAGGUUCUCGAUAGGUUAGAGAUGACUGAAGUCAAAGUCGGUAGCGUCGAGCAGUUCCAAGGGCAAGAGAAACAAGUCAUCAUUAUCUCAACUGUAAGAUCUACAAUCAAACACAACGAGUUUGAUAGAGCCUAUUGUCUGGGCUUCUUGAGCAAUCCAAGGAGGUUUAAUGUCGCAAUCACCCGUGCAAUCUCUCUGCUAGUGAUCAUCGGAAACCCACAUAUCAUAUGCAAGGACAUGAAUUGGAACAAGCUUUUGUGGCGAUGUGUGGAUAACAAUGCUUACCAAGGAUGCGGUUUACCAGAGAGGGAAGAGUUUGAGGAGGAACCGUUUCAUCAAGAAGAAAGCAGCAAUGCUCCUCCUCAAUACUCUGUUGAAGAAGCGUGGAACAUGAGCGGCGAGGUCAACAACAACGGCACAAAGGAGAAAAAUGAAUGGUCUGAUGGAUGGAACGACGAUGUUGCUGGGACGAAGGAAAAUAACGAUUGGUCUGAUGAGUGGAACAACAAUGGUGGUGGGAAUAAAGAAAAAGACGAAUGCUCUGAUGGUUUUAACAACAACGGUGGCGCAAAGGAAAUAGAAGAAUGCUCUGAUGUUUGGAACAACAAUGAUGCCACAAGGGAAAUAGAAGAAUGCUCUGAUGUUUGGAACAACAAUGGUGGUGGGACUAAGGGAAAAGAAGAAUGCUCUGAUGGUAACGAUGGUGGUGGGAAUAAGGAAAAAGAAGAAUGGUCUGAUGGUUGUAACAACAAUGGUAGUGGGACUAAGAAUACUGAUGAAUGGUCUGAUGGUUGGAACGACAAUGGUGGUGGGACUAAGAAUACCGACGAGUGGUCUGAUGGGUGGAAGUAAAUUGAUAAUAUUAUGGGCAAGUAAUGUUGAUGAGCGAACUAAGGCUAUUUUGGAUUUGUUGGUACGUUCGUUUGUGUAUCUUCUGGAACCUUUUGGUGUAUUUUUCAUAGCUUUAAUAACCACUUAAUUUGGUGUGGAUAAACUUUUGUGGUAACAUCUUUGUUUAUACGAGACAUGCAAGCAUCAAAUUCAAAUAAAUUUAGAACAGUA